AUGCAAGCCUCCGGCUGCUUUAUCUUGUUCUUAUUCUUUCUCUUUUCUUCGAGAUUCUCGCACGCAAUUUCCAAUGAAGAAGCAUUUUCUAUCGCCCGUCGUCAACUGUUACACAUAGAAGAAAACGACGAUUUACCUGACAAUUACGCGGAAACCGUAAAAACAGAAUUCACUUUUCCUAAUCCCAAUCUUAAACGCGCUUAUGUAGCGCUUCAAGCAUGGAAGAAAGCGAUUUAUUCUGAUCCAACAGGCGUGACCAAGAACUGGGUAGGUGCUGAUGUUUGUUCUUACAAGGGAGUUUUCUGUGCACCUUCUGUUAAUGAUCCGAAAAUCGAAGUUGUGGCUGGGAUUGAUCUUAAUCAUGCAGACAUUGCAGGCUACAUUCCUCCUGAGAUUGGUUUGUUAACAGAUCUUGCUCUCUUUCACAUUAACACAAACAGGUUCUGUGGGAUUAUUCCAAAAAGUUUUUCCAAGUUAGUACUUUUGCAUGAGGUUGAUAUUAGUAACAACCGUUUUGUUGGAGAAUUUCCUCAACCUCUUCUUCCGCUUCCGGAUGUAAAAUUUAUUGAUAUUAGGUUCAAUAAUUUUGAAGGAGAAAUUCCGGGCGAGCUUUUUAAUAAAAAACUCGACGCGAUAUUCUUAAACGACAAUAGGUUUACACAUACAAUUCCAGAGAAUCUGGGAAAUUCCCCGGCAUCGGUUGUUGUUAUUGCCAAUAAUGAGAUCACUGGUUGUAUUCCUUCAAGCAUCGGUGAGAUGAAAACUACAUUGGAUGAGUUUGUUGCAACUAACAACAACCUUACCGGUUGUUUACCGUCUGAAGUGGGAAAUCUUGAAACAGCAUACAUUUUUGAUGUGAGUGAAAAUGUGUUGGUUGGUGUGUUGCCAAGGACUUUGAAGGGAAUGCAGAAAGUGGAAAUCUUGGCUAUUGCAGAUAAUAAACUAACCGGUUUUGUUCCGAGGAGUGUGUGUACUUUGCCUAGUUUGGCAAACUUUACAUUCUCUAAUAAUUAUUUUAAUGGUGAAGAAGAAGGUUGUGUGCCUCCAGGAAAAGAGGUUUUGUUGGAGGAUGAGGAUAAUUGUAUACCUGGUAGGCCUAAACAGAAGGAAGCAAAUGAUUGUAAUGUGGUUACCAGUAAGCCUGUUGAUUGUAGCAAGGCACAAUGUGGUCAUGGUAGUGGUAAUGGUGAUGGAAAUGAUCAAAAGGAAACACCUUCUGAGAACCCAUCACCUUCAGUUCCAAAGCCAGAGCCACAACCUACACCAUCUCCUUCAAAGCCUUCACCCUCACCUUCUACACCAAGUGAGACUCCAACACCAAUUCCACAACCCAAACCAACUCCAACUCCAUCACCACCGAGUGAGAAGCCGGAACCCAAACCAACUCCCGAAAAGCCGGAACCUAAACCAACCCCAACUCCGUCUAAAUCAACACCAACUCCCGAGCCCAAGCCAACCCCUACCCCAUCUAAAGAGAAGCCGGAACCAGAACCCACACCAACCCCUCAUACACCCAAAGCAGAACCACCACCUGAAGAGGAUCCUCACAAUGAAGCACCCAAAACAAGAACAAGAUCCCCACCGCCAGUUCAAUCUCCACCACCUCCAGUUCAUUCACCUCCUCCACCCGUUCAUUCACCACCACCCCCCGUUCAUUCACCUCCUCCACCGGUUCACUCUCCACCACCUCCGGUUCAUUCUCCACCACCUCCGGUUCAUUCACCACCACCUCCCGUCAAAUCACCUCCUCCACCCGUUCACUCUCCACCACCGCCAGUCCACUCCCCACCUCCGCCAGUACAUUCUCCUCCUCCUCCUGUCCACUCCCCACCUCCACCAGUACAUUCUCCUCCUCCUCCUGUCCACUCUCCACCACCUCCAGUUCACUCCCCACCUCCACCAUCACCUCCUCCUCCUGUUCAAGCACCACCUCCAGAAUACGAAGAUGUCAUUCUCCCACCUGACUUUGGUUCUUCCUAUGCUUCACCACCUCCACCAAUCAUUGCUGGAUACUAA